GCUGCCGGCUAUAAACAUUUCGGCUGCAGCCGUCGACGAGUGCAGAUCAUCGGUAUAUAAUUAGUGGCAGAGCUGCAACUGUCAGGAUAAACAGAAGCUCUGCAUACCGCAAUACGAGAUGAAGCCCAGUACGGAGAGGGAGGAGGUCUGCGCUGUUUGCAAAGUGCCCGCGAAACAGAAGUGCGGAGGAUGCAAGUCCGUGUUCUAUUGCGGACGCGAGCAUCAGAAGGCCCACUGGAGGGAACACUCGGCAAAGUGCAAGUCUUACAAGUUGGUAGAGAACGAGAAGCUCGGCCGUCACUACGUCGCGAUCAGACGGAUCGAAGCCGGCGAAGUGGUGAUAAGGGAGGACGACGCUCUGGUCCAGGCUCCACAGCAGGAAACAGUACCGAUAUGUCUCGGCUGCUAUAAGCCUCUGGAAUCGGACACAGCCAAGCCCUGCGAGCUUUGCGGUUGGCCGCUUUGCGCCUCCUGCACCAGCCACGGAGCCGAGUGCGACUUCACCAAGCGGCACAGAGAUACGAAGGUCACGAUAACGGGCUUCGGCAUAGCGCAUCCCACGUACAAAUGCAUCGGCGUCGUGAGGGCACUGGCCCUGCGGGAGACGAAUCCCGAGGCGUACGAGCGGUUUACCAAACUGGCAUCCGGAGAGCUCGAGGAGCCGCGAGAGAUAGCCCGGUUCAUCAAGCGCUUCUUCAACAAGCUCCACGACUUCUCGGAGGACGAGAUCGCCAGGGCCGCCGGUAUUAUGCAAAUCAACGGACACGAAGUGCCGAUCAGCGAACCGGUGCUGAUAGCCGUCUACGACGAGUCGUCCUAUGUGGAGCACAGCUGCAGGGCGAACUGCUCGAAAAGCUUCACCAGCUCGGGAGGCAUCGUUAUACGGGCGGCGAUGGAGAUCGAAAAAGGUGAGCACAUCAUGAUCUGCUACACGGAUCCGCUGUGGGGCACAGCCAACAGGCGGCAUCACCUCCUGCGCACCAAGUUCUUCGAGUGCACGUGUCCGCGCUGCUCCGAUCCCGCGGAGUUCGGCAGCAUGUUCAACGCCAUCGAGUGCUCCAAGAGCGACUGCUCGGGCUGUAUGCUGCCGAAGAGCUUCACGGUUCAGGAGAUUCCCGACUACCGGUGCAACAAGUGCGACAACUCCAGGAGCUCGAACUCGGUCGACGAGAUGCUCGAGCAGAUCGGUAAGGAGAUGGCCUCGAUGAGGAAGAACGACGCCGGCGCCUGCAGGAGCUUCGCGAGGAAACACGCCUCGAAGCUUCACGACAACCACUACUACAUGACGGACGUGAAACUGGCACUGGCACAGAUGAUCGGCCAGCAAACCGGUGGUCUACCGGCCCUCGACAACGAGACCAUCAGCGAGAAGAUACUCCUCUGCAAGAAACUCGACGACCUCCUCAAGACCAUCGUGCCAGCGGAGAAUAGGGUGAGGGGUCUGGUGCUUUUUGAGAUGCACGCCGCGGUCGCCGAGUUCGCCCGCAGACAAGACAGGGAGCAGCUUUACAAUAUUUUACAAGAAUCGAAGCGACUGCUGAACGAGGCGUACCAGCUGCUGAAGUACGAGCCGGAGUUACUACCGGAGGGUAUAAUCGCCAAGACGGCCAAGAAAAAUCUCCGCGAGAUGGAUAUGAUCCUAAAGCAGCUCUGUCAGAAUGCCGUGGCGCCCUUGUGACACGAGAUAUCGCUUAUGCGAAUCUCGAGUCUGCAGUAUUCCAUAACGGACUUCUUCUAACACAGCGAUUAUGCUUUUUGUUGUAGAGAGAGAGAAAGAGAGAUAUCGAACGUUUUUAUACGUGUAUAAGCGAUUUUUAAUAAACGAAGCGGAAUAAUCCGACCCAUUGUCUCUUUGGCGACGUGUUGGGAAAUUUGCGUAGAGCGACUUUUA